UUCACAUGUUUCUACUCGGACGCCUUAAAGUCAGGGACACCGCAGUGUGCAGCAGAACUCGACUUUACUUCACUUUCGAUGUGUGUUUCUGGGACUUUGCGGGUUUCAUCGCCUCGUGGAGGACAGUUCAUUCUGAGACCCACUUUUACCUCAGUCAGGUUUCAGGUUUCAAGUUUAUUUAAGAGUUUUUAAGAAGCAUGGCCUGUGAAGGAAACGGGAUGUCAGAUGAGAGGAUAGGGGAGGCCCUGAUCAAAGAGGUCAUACAGGAGGAGCUGAAAGACGUGCCCAGAGAGGACGUCCCACCCCUCACCCCAGUGACUGGGAAAGUAAAGGAGGAGGAGGAGAAGGUGGUGAACCAGCUGGCCAAAAUAACCCGCAUUAUCGGCGACAGGGUCAAAGACGACGCCGAGUUAAAAGAUGCGAUAGAUGGGUUCAUUGGUUGCCCCAGCUCCGGCUCUAUGUCGGACAGAUUUAAGGAAGUGGCAAACAAAGUGUUAGAAUCUGGCAUCACCUGGGAGAGGAUCGCCGUGCUUUUCUACGUCGCCGGCAAGCUGGCUCACAGGAUGGUGGAGGCCCAUAUCCCUCAGUCAGUGAGGGACAUCCUGAGGUGCACCGUGGAGUUUUUCAGGAACAAUCUACUGGGCUGGAUUCGGAAACAUGGAGGAUGGAUCAACAGUUUCUCAGAUCUGGCGAUGGCGUCCAUGCAGAGCGUGUCAUCAAUGAGCUCUCAGAGCUCUGCCCUCGCCCUCAUCUUCAUCACCGGCCUGGCUAUAGGAAGCUUCAUCAGCUGGAGACUGACCAGACAGUCCUGAGGCGCGCGCACUUACACACAACACACACACACACACACACACACACACACACACACAAAAACACAAACACUCACAAACUCCAGACCUGAGACCUCCAGGUCUCAAAUAAUUCUAGGCAUUUACCAAAUCGGCCUUUGAGCCGAGUAUUAAAUGUUUACCAGAGGGUUUAUUAUUCAGCGUUGUCAUGUAAUGACAACGUGUCUGACAAAGAGGCCGGAUGCUGCCACCUCCUGAUUACAUGUUGCCAUGAGAUGGUCAAAUCGUAAAAUGUGCUUGGACCUCAAACACAAUCUAUUUUUCUACCCUCUCAAAUGUUAUUUAUGCAAACAUAAGUGAAACGUACUGUAUCUGGGAGGAGCCCUCCAUACUGAAUAAUAUAUUAUAAUAUAAGUAAUUAUGAGACAGAACAUCUACAAAUGCCAAUGUGGGCUUUAUUAUGGCCUCUUGUUUAACAGUGGUAAACAGGUGCUAACACUGGGUGGGACCAUCCUAACGUAGUGUGUUCUUACAGCUCUACCUGUGUGAAAUGGGUACUUGCACAUCAGAUUUCGAUACCCUUACUUAUUACUGUGUGAAAUAAAUAGACAAAUAAACAAGUUACCAAUGAAUUAAA